UUCGGAAUUACACAGUUUCAUUCGGCAAAAAGUGAUAUGAUGCAAAGCUGUUUUAAAAAUUUUUCAAUUGUACCGAUUAACGAAGGGUAGAAAAGUUUUAAUAAUUUAUCAAAGUAUGUAUUUGGUUUAUAUCUAAGGCUAACAAUUAAAAUUAAAAUGUCACAAAUGACUUAUAACGAAUCUCAUAUUGAAUCGUCUGAUGAUGAAAAUACUAAUGAUCGUACAAUUCGAUGUGAUUUUGAAAAUUUCAAAAAAUGGCCUGCUGCAGCUGCACAAUUGCUGAUAAAUUUAAGAUUAUCUUUAGACGAUAAAUUUUCGUCUGGAUAUGUUAUGAAAAAAACAUUGUGGAAAAAGAUAUCUCAAAUACUAAUUGAAAAUGGAUUUGACUUUAACUCUGCAGCUUGUGAAGCUAAGUUUAAAGGUAUUAAACUAACCUAUAAGAGAAAUAUCAAGAAAUUAAAAGAAAAUCCUGAAGCCGAAAUUAUAUGGCCGUAUUUUAAACUACUUCAUGAACAUUACGACCAAAACGAGUAUAAACUUGGGGACGAAACCGAUAAUUCUGGUUGCAAAGAUUUUUGCGAAGAAGUAUCAGGAAAUGAAACUGGAGGUAUUCAUAUUAAAUGGCCAUAUACAGCGAUUGAGCUACUCUUAACAUUUAGAUUGUCAAUGGAGCAUGACUUUCAAUGUGCUUAUAGAUCCAAAAAAUCACUCUGGAAUAAAAUAAGUACAGAGUUGAAUAAGCAGGGAUUCCUUUAUAGUGGAGAAGCUUGUGCUACUAAAUUUAAAGGUCUAUUGGUUACUUACAAGAGAAAUUUGAAAAAUAGUGAGGAGCUUGGAAAGGAAAUUGUAUGGCCAUAUUUCAAUAAAUUGCAUGCAAUUUUCGGAAGUAAUGAAAAAACCUUGACCAAAUAUAUCAGUCAAAAUAAUGAAAUUCCAAGCAAACUAAAUUCUACCAAUGAAGUUGAUGACGAACCACUACUUCACAUUUCAGAUAAUGAAGAAACAAAAAUUUGGAAUGCGGUUGCAACACGUUUAUUAAUUAAGAAGAGAGGCGAAAUGCAAAAUGAGUUUAUUACCGGACGUUGCUCAAAAAAGGAAUUAUGGACAGAACUGGCUGAUUCACUUAAAGUUCACGGAAUUGAAACGGACGGAGAAGCAUGCCGUGAAAAGUUUAAAGGGUUAGUUCUAACUUAUAGAAGAAAUCUAGAAAAAUAUUUUGCUAAUAAUAAAAAGAAUAUUACAUGGCCUUUAUUUAAGCUGAUGCAUCAAACAUUUGGAAACAAAAAAUUGCAAUCCAAAAAAAUAUAUAAAUCUAGUAUUAAUGAAGAAAGCUGCUUUCAGGAAAACUCGAAUGACAGCCUUAGUUUAGCAGAUAUCAACGAGUUCGUCAACUCCAAAAAUUUUUCAGAUCACUCAGAAUCUGAAGAUUGUUGUAAAAAAGAACAAUGGAAUAUAGAAUCUGUAUUUAGGUUGAUCAAAAUUAGAUUGAAGUUAAAAGAAAACUUUGAUUCUAGUCCGAUUUCUGAAGCCUCAUUGUGGGAAGACAUUUCCAAAAAGAUGAAGCAACAUGAUAUGCAUUUUUCUAAAGAAGAUUGUCAAAUUAAAUUCCAAAGCGUUUUUAAAACGUUUUGCCUCUUCAAAACUCAAAGUAUUCUAAUUGAAAAUAAGGACACAUGGCCUUUUUUUGAUUUGAUGGAGCAAAUUUUUCCCGGGAACUCGUAUCAGUUAGAUUACAAAAACCUCGUAGAUCUACAAAACGAAAACCAGAAAAUCGUUAAGGAAAAAUUAAAAUCGCAUUUAUUAAUGGAAAUGUUUCACUCUUCGUCAUCUGAAUACGAAUCUUUUUCUGAAAAUGAAAACAAAAUCAACUUGCCACAUAAAAAACGUCAUUAUAUUAAAUGGAAAUUAAGACAGAAACGAAUGAAACUUGAAGAAAAACGAAAUGAAUUGCUGGAGCGAAAAAUUGUCGCUACAGAAAGAAAAAAUGCAGUAAUUUUCGAAUUCGUAAAUAUUUUGAAACAACAUAAAAAUCUUAUUUAGAAAUAAAAUUUACUGAAAAUACGUUUAUAUUCGUAAUACUAUGUACAAAUAUUUAAAUAUAAUAGUACUUAUUUAUUGAGUUGUUUUUUUCUUUUUAUGGGAAGAUGAA